AUGGCUACCAGUGCAAAGUUUAGAUUGAAACUUCUCGUUGAUGAGAAUAGAAACAAAGUUGUUUUGGCUGAGGCAGAUCAAGAUUUCGUUGACGUGCUCAUCAGCCUUUUGAGUCUACCAAUGGGUAAAAUUGCUAGAUUGCUGGAGAAUCAUAAAGAUUCGCAGACAGUCCUAGCUUGUUAUCAAAACCUUAACAAAAGCGUUGCAGAUAUGGGCAUCGAGCAUUUUGAGACCGAAGCUUGCAAGAGUAUGUUACAGUCUCCCAAGAGUUCUUAUGCGAUUCACUGUAGAAAGCUCAAGCUGAACAUGGGUGAUACUGAUGCCACCGAGUUCUUUAUAUGCUCAAACUAUUUUAGUGAAGAUGAUUCUUGGAAGUGCGUCGAUGAAUACAGCAAUUUUAACACCUCAAGAUGUAGUUGUGGAUGUAUGAUGAGCACUGGGAUUUUUUUAUCAGAAGAAGAUCAAGUUGGAGAAGAGAUUGGCAAUAGUGCAGAUGGAGUGUUUGUCAAAUGCAGAUCCUCAUUCAUUGUGACGGAUGAUUUGAAAGUAUCAGUUAACUCUAUUGGUGUUAUCAUGAAUGUUCUUAAUGAUCUAGGGUACCUUGGUUUUAGUGAUCUGCAAGAAACCCUUCUUGACAUAGGGUUCGAAGAGGUGCUGACUCUCUUGGGAUGUUUUUUCACUUCGGAAACUCCCUUAACAUGCGCGUUCCUGAGGGAAACUUGCAUGACAAGGGAGCUCAAAAUGCUAUCAGCGCAUGUUCAAAACACUGUAGAACCAAGCAGUGUAUUUUCUAUGAAAGUUUUUGUUAGAAAAUUUGAUAGGGAGAUUCUUUAUGCCGAGUGCAGUGAAGACUUCAUCGAUGCUCUUCUCAGUUCUCUGAUCUUGCCUCUUGAGUUGGUCUGCUCACUAUCCAACAAUUUGGGAUGUGUCGGAAAUCUGUGCAGAAGCCCUUGUAGAAAAGCAUCAGCUUCCAAUUUUUAUCAAUGUAUGAAUGUUUUGUUCCUCGCAAUUCUAGCAAUUCUUGGAGUUGCGAAUUAG